AUGGCCACCAUCCACCUGGGCAAUGCCAGCCCUACGGAAGAUGUCAAGCACAUCGACUUAAAGAAUGCGGCAAUCCAUAUCCGCCCAGUGGCACUGGACACUCCAUCCUUGACGCCCAUAGCUACACCUGAGCCAAUCUCACCUGCAGAGGAACACGCAAUCGCUGGAAAGAACAUGUUCUCACUAGAACGCCCAUGCGACAAGGCAAGAGACUUGGCAGCCAAGCUGACCUUGGACGAACAGAUCUCACUGCUUGCAGGUGCGGACUUUUGGCGGACUGUAGCCAUUCCCGAGAAAGGUAUCCCGUCAAUCAAAACAUCAGAUGGUCCCAACGGCGCCCGGGGAGAGUUUUUCACCAACGGUACACCUGCUGCAUUGUUCCCAUGUGGCAUCUCAAUGGCGGCAACCUGGAACACAGACAUGGUCGAAGAGAUCGGUCGCCAUCUCGGAGAAGAGGCGAAGGCUCGCGGUGCCAAUGUACUUCUCGCUCCCACUGUAGGCAUGCAUCGCUCCCCUCUUGGAGGACGUAACUUCGAAUCAUACUCCGAGGAUCCAUUUCUCACAGGCAAGCUAGCUGCUUCGUAUAUUCGUGGCCUCCAAAGCAAAGGCGUUGCCGCGACGAUCAAGCACUUUCUUGGAAAUGAGCAAGAGACAGAAAGACAAGCGUAUGAUGCUAUCAUCGCUGAGAGGCCGCUCCGUGAAAUUUACUUAAAGCCAUUUGAGAUUGCCGUGCGCGAUGCUACGAAUAUUCAAUCAAGAAUAUUCUCCGCGGCGAGUGGAAUUGGGAUGGGACCAUCAUCUCAGAUUGGACAGGCACAUAUGCUACCGCACCAUCAAUAA